AUGAAUCCAGAUGUAUCUGGAUAUCUUGGAAACGAUGAAUUUGAAAAUCGUAGUUUUGUAGCUAAUAAUUCUGAAAAAAUUAAUAUAGGAUUGUCUAAUCCAGAAAAGGAUCUUGUAAGUGAUAUUCUUUUAUCAGACAGAGCGGGUAGUGAUUUUUUCUCUGUUUUAAAAUUACAAAACUCCUUUAAUCCUAAUGGAUUUUUAACAACUGUUUCUGGGGCAAGAGACGAAGAUUAUUGUUGCUUAGAAGAUCAUGAUAUCAAUGAAUUAAGAGAUCUUAAAUGUACUAGUAUACCAGAAGAAUUAAAAGAUCAAUUUCAUGGAUCUACUGGUAUCAGUAAUUAUGGAACUUUUCCAAUUAUAAGUCGAUCAUGGAUGUCAAUUGACAAUGAAUUUUUUAUUUGGCAAGAUGAAACACGUUCAGAUAUGGCAAUGUUUCCAAUGACUUCUAUAAUUCAUCUUGCUAAGGUUGGUAUAGUUGGUUCAGGAUUGUUUAAAAAUGAUGAGUUUCCUUAUAUUCUUGUUUUAAUUACAGCAAAAGAAGCUGUUAUUAUUCCACUUAAAUUUGAAUCUCCAAAUCAUUUACCCAUAACAGACUACAAAAAAGCUAUGCUUUAUUUUGGUGCAGAAGCUAAAUUAUGUGUAUCUCUUGGUGGUGAAAAAAUAAAUGACUUUGUAAUAACAAAUGAGGGACGUAUUUUAAUGAUUAGUGGAAAUUCAUUAUUGGAAAUUGAAUAUCGAACUAAAGGGUGGUUUGGUGGUCGUCAAGCUAAACUUAUAAAUCAUUCUAAAAGUUUUUUAUCUUUUCUUGUUCCAUCAAUUCCAUUUUUAAGUUCAACUGAUGAAUACAUCAAAAUAACCGUUGAUAAUAGUCGGGGAAUAAUUCAUAUUCUUUCAUCUAUGGGAAAUAUUCUUGUAUAUUUGUUAUCAAAUGAUGGAAAAACAAUCACAGAAAUAGGUGAAAUUACCAAUGAAAGAGUUGUUUAUCUGGCUGGAAGAUUUUGUAAAGUUCAUGAAAUGUUAUUUCAAAAUAUUGUGUGUAUUGUUCCUAUUGAAUCAUGGGUGUCACAAUUUAUUUCAUUUAUGGCAGUAACUGCACUUGGUACUAGAUUGUAUUUUGGUUUACAAAUGGAUCAACCAAAACGAUUUUUGAAUGAUGGUUUAAGAGUUGAUAGCAAUUAUAAUGCAAUUGUCCUUGCUCAUAUACGUUUAGAACCACAAAAUGAAAAAUUUAGCCAUUUACUUCCAGCAUCUAGAUGUGUUUAUAAUGCAAUUAUUACCAAAGAAUCAACAAUUGUUUGUUAUGGACGUGAUAAUCAUUGUACAGAUUCAUUUGUCGUUGUUUAUAGUAACGUACAUUUUCCACUUCAUUCACCAUUAUUAGAGAAUUUUCAAGUUGUACGAUUUAAAGGUGUUGUAUGGGAUAUGGAAGAAACUACAAGAUCAGAAUUAACUUCAAGAGUAAAUAGGUCUUUACCUUAUAUAAUUCCUAAAACAAUUGUUCCUAUAACAUUUAUGACUGAUGAACAUUUACUAACGUAUCGUUACAAAAUUGUGACUGCUACAACAAUUUCAACUUUUGAACAAGUAUCUCCAUUAUCAACACUCCAAAACUUUAUACAAGUUGAAGAAUUUGAUUCAAAAAAAUUUGAACAAUUUGUUGCUAUUCAUGGAAGAAUUAAUAUUUUAUCAAUGACUUUACAAAUUAUUUGUUCUGAUGCAUCUCGAAAUAAUAUGAUUAAAACAAAUGCAAAAAAAUUAUUUGCUAUGAUGCAUGGAGAACCAUUACUUGUACAUGAAAAAAUAAGUAGACCAUCUUUUGUUACUCGUUCAGUACCAAGUCAGUCUCAAGCCUUAAUUCCUAAUCAACAAGUUGAGUUUCAUGCUUCUCAAAGUUUUAAGAAAAGUGAAAUAUUAGAUUCUGGAUUUGGAACAUCAAAUGUUAUCUAUAGUACAGCUCAUGAUGCUUCAUACACAUUUUUUAGUCGUGUUAUUAGUUCAUUGUGGGUAUCUGAAUUGGUUGUUGUCAAAAAGCAGAAGGAUAGUGAAUAUUAUUCAACAAUUGACAAUGAACAAGCUAUGCGUAUUAUUCGCCAACUAACAGCAUUUCUUCGUGAAAUUGAAACAGCACCUUCAUUCCUUCGUAAUUUUAAACCACUUGAUGUAUUAAGAGAUGCAACAGAUCAUUUUUCAAAACAAAAUCUAGGUUCUCAAUCUGUAUCUGAAAAAAAUUUUGCUAAACAAAGAGAACGUGAAAGUAUGGUUAAUUUUGUUUCUAUGGUUUCUAACACUGUAGAGUUAUUGCAAUUGUGGAGUAUUUUUGUUAAAAUAAAAUCCAAAUUUUGUGAACUACUCUUUGAAAAUGAAAUUAUUAUUAAAAAAAUGGUAAGAGGAUUAAUUAGAAUGCAUUUGAAGGAUAAUGCUAGUGUAACUGGAAUAUCAUCUGAUCUUAGAAAGUUAUGUCCAACAUUAUUUUCAAAUGAUGAUUAUAAAUUGUUAAAAGCAGAAGAGAUAUUAAAAGAAGCUAAUGAAGCUGUUAAUAUUGAAGCAAAAGAAUACCUUGUUCAAGAUGCUACUAAAAUUCUUCUUUCUGUUUCUGAUCAAGUAGAUAUUUCCAAGUGUGUUGAAUUUCUUGUUGGUCUUAGAUUUUACAAACAUGCAGUACAAUUUUGCAUUAGAUUAGGUGAAAAGUUUGAUCAAGGACAUCUUUCUGAUAUGUAUAUUGAGCAACCUAAAAGUGCAUUAUCUAAUGAGCGUGUAGCACAUGCUGUUGAAAAAGUUAGACUUUGUUACUCUUCAAUUUCAUAUGUUCUUUUAGAACUUGGAAAAGAAAUAAAAAAUAAAUCCAACAAAUUGGCUACAGAAGAUCUUCGACAAGAUAUUAUUGCUAUCAUUUUAAGAAGUGCAUCAAAAACUGGUUUAUACAAAAUUUAUGAAGAUGCUGUUUUAGAAGAUGAUAAAUUCUUAAUGAAAUACUUUUCUAUUAAUGAUUUUAGAGAUUAUCUUCUUUGGUACAUACGACAAAAAGAUUGUCCUAGCCAUUUUGAAAAACUUGUUGAUGUUCAACGAUCUUCAACAAAUGGACAUGAGUAUAUGGCUGAAUUAUUAUAUCAAAAAGCACUGGAUCAAAAAUUGGCUGUUGAUAUGGAUACAAGGAUAUUUUGGUUAUCACAAGCAGUUGUUUUCAUUCAAUCAGGUAAAGGAUCUGCUGGUCAAACAAAAAAUAUGUUAGCUAUAAAAGAAGCUUUAGAAUGUGCAGAAGUUCAAAAUUUUGUAGCCAAAGAAUUGGAAUUAUACAUUAGUAGUACUGCAACAAAAGUAACUGAUAAUUUUGAUCAUGAAGAAUUAAACUAUGGAAAACAAUUACUUCAUGAACUUAGAAAACACAUUUGGCGAUUAAAUGAUGUUAUAGAAAAAGUUGUAAAUGAAUUUAAUAUACCAUUGGCUAACCUAGUUAUUUACAAAACUGUUAUUGGAGGAAAUAUUUCUGGGGAAGAUAUUUGCAAUCUUUGGGAUGCUAUAAUUGAGAAUGCUUUAAUGUUCUACAAAAUGAAGAAAGAAAAUGUAGAUCAAGUGUGUAAUCGUCUUUUGAGUAUUUUCAAACGUAUUGAGACUGCUCCUUCAAUAAAUUCGGCUUCUAUUCCUAAAAAACAUAUAAUUAUUCGUUUACUUGACUUUUUUAUGAUAUCAGGAAUGGAUUUUUCUGAUGUCAUUAGUUUUUGUCACAAUUCAAUUCUUUCACUUGACAGUUUAGUUGAAGGAAUAGAUCACUUAUUACGCUAUGAAAAAUAUGACAAUCAAGAAGAUGUUCCAAUGUUAAAAUAUCUUGUUGGAAUUAUUGUAGAACUAUCAAAAAAUAUUGCUGAUGGUAAACUUCGUCUUCCUGUUGAACGAUGUCAAAAAUUAAAAAGGAAGUUACUUGAUGCUCAUGGAUCAAGUCAGUUACUUUUUCAACGCUUAGAUAUAGAAGAUUUUGAAAACUAUUCCAUUUCAUCCCUUUUCAAAUAUAAUUAA